AGCAAAAGUUUAUAAAUUAAAUCUAUAAUAAUUUGCUACGCUACACUACGCGUAAGAAAUAAAGUAAUUCAAUAUGGGUGAGUUUAUCGCGGAAAUGCAGGAGCGCCUGCUGCCGGAGUACGAGCAAAUGAAGCUCUACCAAAUAUUUCGACCAGAGCAAAUCAGGGAAUGUAUACGCAAACGAGAACGCCUAUUGCUAAAUAUAGCCAAAAGCAAGAAAAGUAUGUCUGAUUAUUUGGAGUUUAUAGUCUACGAGAAGACAAUGUAUAAAACAAUUACCGAAAAGGAAAAAAUUGCCGGCAUUAAGCUAACGGGCCUUAAAGCCUCCACUUGCACGCGUAUUAUGCGAAUGUACAGGGAAAUGUUGACUAAGUUUCCACACGAGCAGCGUCUUUGGGAGAAUUGCAUUAAGUUCAGCAAGAAGUCAGCGCCACAGGAGGUGGCUGGCAUAUAUGAGAAGAUGCUUUCGUAUCAUGGUGGUGAUCCACAAGUUUGGAUCAAUGCCGCAGUGUGGCUUUAUGAAUAUAAUCGUGCCAAUAUGCCGCGCGUCCAGGAUAUACUGUUGCGUGGACUUCAACGUCAUCCCGCCUCCGAGUCGCUGAACAAUUGCUUCUUUAAUAUACAGUUAAAGGAGGCCGCGCUGGCGGACAGCAAACGUAGCUUGGGCGACAACACAAUCUCAGAGCAAGACAUACAAAUGGAGCGGGUCGUGGCCAUCUAUCGCAACAGCCUGGCCAAUAUUACAAACCUGGAUUACUUCCUGAAACUGCUCGAGAGCUGUGAGGAUCAUGCAGAGCUUACUGCAAAGCUGCAGUUCGACAUCAUUGAGGAUAUACAGACAAAGUUUUCACGUGAGCCAGCGCUAUGGGAUGCACUGGCGAAGCGUGAGCUACGUGGCUACCAUCUCGGUGAUCUUAUGAAUAUGACCGAAAACGAGGAUGAUGGCGAGCCGAGUGAGAAGAAGUCGCGCACGGACACCCAAGUGAAAGUGUUUCAGACGCGCUCGAAGAAGCGUUGCAUCCAACUAUGCGCAGAGGUGUACAAGACGGCAGUGCAACAGCUACAGACACAAGAAAUGUGGAACUUAUAUCUGGACGCUAUGCUGGCGCUUAGCAAGAACCAUAAAACGGAGCGCGCCUACAUCCAGAAAUGCUUGGCGAGCGCUCUGCAAGAUGGUCAUCGCUCCAAGCUGAUGCAUUCGCGGCAUUACGCCACGCUCAGCAUGAUAUUGGGCAGCGAUGAGAACGGCGGAGAGAUCUGUGUGCGCAUCCUGACCGAGGCACUGCAGCACGACGACUCGCUGCGCAUGCACGAGCUGCUGCUAGCCGCCCACAUUCGCAACGACGAUGAGUCGAGCGUUCAUAAACUGUUCAGCCAAGUGCGCCGUACGAUGGGCGCCGCCGGACUGCCGCUCUGGCAGAUGGUGAUCGCCUAUUAUAGGGCGCGCAACGAUAGCCAGGCCAAGCGGCAGCUGAAUGACAUUUACACACAGGCCUGCAAGGAGGCCUGGCCGGAAUUUGCCGAUCUGCGUUGCAGCUACUUGCGCUACCUCUGGCACGAGCACUCGCCGGCCAAGGCCCGUGACGAAUAUGCCAAGUUGGCGCAGCAGCCGCCGAUGUCGCUGCAGCUGCAUCGCGAAAUGAUCAGCCUGAUAGAAAGCACCAAACUGAAAGAUCUAUCUACAAUUAAGGCGUGGCGCAUGUGCUACGAAUUCAUGGCCACCUACUUUGGCAAGAAAGAGCCAAGCGUUUGGCUCGAAUACAUUGCGUUCGAGCGGGAUCAUGGCGAGGCCAAGAGCAUUGCCCUGCUUAGCCGACGUGCGCUCUCCACACUGGAGCCACAGUUUGUGUCUGCCUUCGAGGCGGAACGUGCCAUGGCCCACGUUGGCAUGGCCAUAACCAGAUAGUUAAGCUAACUCUAAU